AUGGCCCACGACGCCCACCACCAUGAAGAGAAACAACCCCUCUCCCUCUUCGCCUCCCCGCUCAACACCCACGGCCACGCCCUGCACCACAACCCACCAGCCUCCACAAACUCGUCUUCGGACCUCGAGUCCGCCCUAAACAAAGACCCGCACACCACCACCAACGUGCCCUUCGAAAACACCGACUGCGCGCUACACGACAGCCCCGCCUUCCACCGCCAUGCCGAAGCCACCACCGCCGAGCUCUUCUACGACCUGUUUUUCGUCGCGAACCUGACUACUUUUACGUCCAUGCUGGAGAUCAACGACCACAACAGCUUGACGGCGUACAUCGGCUUCUUCUCCCUGCUGUGGCUGACAUGGUACCAAGUCAGCCUGUACGACGUGCGCUUCAGCGCUGACAGCGUGUUCGAGCGCGUGGCGAAGGCGAUUCAUUUCGGCGUCAUGGUGGGGUUUGCAGUUAUCGGGCCGCAGUGGAAGCCGGGGCAGGACAUUGGCGAUUAUAAGAUCUACAAGGCGUUCGGGUUGAUCCUAAUGGUGUCACGUAUUACGCUGUUUCUGCAGUACGGCGUGACGCUGUUCUACACGAAGAAGUACACGAAGACCAUCGUGCCGCUUCUCCUGGUCAUGGGGUCCACGCUCGUGGCUGCGAUACUGUACGGCGCGCUCACCCCGGCCUUUCCCAGCGAUAAGACGGUCCUGGAUGCGUUUGGGGAUGAGAUCACGGGCAUCAUCGUCAUCUGCAAAUCAAUCAGCAAGAUCGUCAAGAACGAGUUCCUGUGGACUGCCGCCGUGGUUGGACAAAUCAUCGCCGCAGUCCUCAUCAUUUACUUCCUGUACAUGCUGUACUUCGACCGCAUGCAGGAGGAGCAUUUUGGCAGUAUCAAGCAGCAAGUCUGGAGUUUCUGCCACUUCCCGCUGCAUGUGGUAUUGGUCCUGGUGCUACAGGGCGUCAGCCUGCUGAUUAUCUGGACGCAAGCCAUGGACGCUCUGAAUGUGUUGUAUGUCAACUUCGACUCCACGUCCUUGCAGAACUACACCACGGGCGCCGACUUCGCCGCCGCGAUGAACGAGACCGCGUACGCCAACGUGUUUGACUGGGUCCCCAAGGGCGUGGACGCGAGCAAGGAGAUUAGCCAGGCCAACACCGCAGUGAUCCAGCUCGCCGACGCGUACGAUUUCUUGAUGGUGGACGAGACAAAUGUGACAGCGACGAAUGAACUGUACGAUGGGCUCAACGAAUUGUUUGCCGCGGCGACGAAGACGCUGUUUGAUAGCUUGAGUGUGACGACGCCGAAGAAGAAGAAGGCGGAUGACGGGAAGACGAAGUCGAUCGAUUUCGCAACUCUGUUCUUUGAGUACGUCUCGGUCUUCGAAUUGGUCUUUAUGUACGUAUUUAUUGCGGGGGGACUCUCCCUCAUAAUCACCACGAUCCUCGGAUUUCUGUCCCUGCCAGCUUCUCAACGCCGCGUAUCGCAAUAUGUCCGCCUCGGCGUGAACCUCGUCUUUGGAGUUGGCCUCUGCCUCAUCUCCACGCUCAAGUACAACUGGGAUCUCAAGGCGAACUACCUGAGCUCGCCCUGGAUGAUCCCAACGCUGUGCAUCGUAUACUUUGUCUGCGUCGUCGUCAAUCACAUUAGCUUGCCGAAGCGGAAGAUGCACUGA